AAUUUUGUCAAUGUUUGCAAAAAAUUUGAAGUUUUGAAUUGAUCAUUUGAUCAAUAUUUUUGAAAGUAUAGAAAGUAAUUAAAAUAUUGGAAAGUAAAUAACAAAUAUAAUCGAAAAUGCCGCGAAUUAUGAUAAAAGGUGGUGUUUGGAGGAACACAGAAGAUGAAAUUCUUAAAGCGGCGGUAAUGAAAUAUGGCAAAAAUCAAUGGUCACGUAUUGCUUCUUUGUUGCAUCGAAAAUCAGCCAAACAGUGCAAAGCCCGUUGGUUUGAAUGGUUGGAUCCGAGCAUUAAGAAAACCGAAUGGUCUCGAGAAGAAGAUGAGAAACUUUUACAUUUAGCUAAAUUAAUGCCAACACAAUGGAGAACAAUUGCUCCAAUUAUUGGUCGUACAGCUGCUCAAUGUUUAGAACGUUACGAAUAUCUUUUGGAUCAAGCCCAAAAAAAAGAAGAAGGUGAAGAUACAACAGAUGAUCCACGGAAAUUAAAACCUGGUGAAAUUGAUCCAAAUCCAGAAACAAAACCAGCACGUCCCGAUCCAAAAGAUAUGGACGAAGAUGAAUUAGAAAUGUUAUCAGAAGCCAGAGCUCGUUUAGCCAACACACAAGGAAAAAAAGCAAAACGAAAAGCCCGUGAAAAGCAAUUAGAAGAAGCCAGACGUUUAGCUGCAUUACAAAAACGUCGAGAAUUACGUGCUGCGGGUAUUGCUGUUGCCGUACGACGCAAGCGUAAACGUGGCGUUGAUUACAACAAAGAGAUACCGUUUGAAAAACGACCCGCAAUUGGAUUCUACGAUACUGCCACCGAAGAAUUAGAUCCAACCGCUCCAGAUUUCUCAAAAUUACGUCAACAACAUUUAGAUGGUGAAUUGCGUACCGAAAAAGAGGAACGGGAACGGCGAAAAGAUAAGCAAAAAUUAAAACAACGUAAAGAAAACGAUAUUCCAUUAGCGAUGCUACAAAAUCAAGAGCCAGUGAAAAAACGAUCGAAAUUAGUAUUACCAGAGCCUCAAAUCUCAGACAAAGAACUUCAACAAGUCGUUAAACUAGGUCGUGCCAGCGAAGUGGCACGAGAAGUUGCCACGGAAACUGGAAUUCAAACAACGGAUUCAUUGCUAGCCGAUUACUCAAUCACACCUCAAGCGGCGAUUACGCCUAGAACACCUGCCCCACAAACUGAUCGUAUACUUCAAGAAGCCCAAAAUAUGAUGGCAUUAACCCACGUGGAUACCCCAUUAAAGGGGGGUUUGAAUACACCGUUACAUAACACAGACUUUAGUGGGGUUUUACCACAAGCUCAAUCUGUUGCCACACCAAACACAGUCCUUGCAACACCGUUUCGAUCGGCACGAAGUGAAGCGGGUGCUGGUACUCCAAGUUCUGCUGGCUUUUUGACACCUAGAUCCGGUGCUAUGGUUCCGUUAGGUUCACAAACGCAAGCUGUAGCCUUACCGACGCCAAUCCGUGAUAAGUUGAAUAUUAAUCCGGAAGAAGGUUUGGAUGUGGGGGGUACACCACAAGCGUAUAAUAGUUACAUGAAGAAUGUUAAACAACAGUUGUUAAGCGGUUUAAAUUCAUUGCCAACACCCAAAAAUGAUUAUGAAAUUGUUGUACCGGAUCAAGAGGAUGAAGAAGAACCGCAACCGGCUCAAACUGGUAUUGAAGAUCAAGCAGAUGUCGAUGCACGCUUGCAAGCUGAAUUAAAAGCACAAAGGCAACGAGAGUUAGCAUUACGUUCACAAGUAAUUCAACGUGAUUUUCCACGACCACUUGAAGUGAAUUUAGCGGUGUUGCGUCCACCACACGACAGUCAUUCGUUAACAGACCUCCAAAAGGCUGAAGAAUUGAUCAAACAAGAAAUGGUCACAAUGUUACACUUUGAUGCCGUCAAAGAUCCAAUUACACCGCCCCAGCAGCUUGGCAAAAAACAAGUGGUAACACAAGCUCAACAUUUAGCAUACCUGGAAAAACAUCCAUACGAUAAUUUUGAAAAACUUGAGCUGGAUGUUGCUCGAAACAUGCUUAAAAAAGAAAUGGAAGUCGUGAAACAGGGUAUGAAUCAUGGUGACUUGUCAUUGGACGCGUAUACGCAAGUAUGGGAGGAAUGUUUAGCGCAAGUCUUGUUUUUACCAAGUCAAAAUCGUUACACACGUGCGAAUCUAGCAAGUAAAAAAGAUCGUUUAGAAUCAGCCGAGAAACGUUUAGAACAGAAUCGUAACCAUAUGGCAAAGGAAGCAAAACAAGCGGCCAAAAUGGAGAAAAAAUUACGUAUUUUAACUGGUGGCUAUCAGUCACGUGUACAAGCCUUAAUUAAAAAGAUUCAAGAUACAUUCGAACAAAUCGAACAAGCUAGUCUAGAAUUAUCUACGUUUAAAUUUUUACAAGAUCAAGAGAAAGCUGCGUUGCCACGAAGAAUAGCUGCCUUGACCGAAGAUGUAAAUAGACAAUUAGAAAGAGAACGUGAAUUACAAGCUCGAUAUGGUGAGCUACAGGAUAAAAUCCGAGCAAAGAAGGAAGAAUUAAAUAUCCCAGCAGCUAUAACGGUUAAUGGCGAAGAAAAUACGAAUUCAUCAUAAUUUUUUUGUUUAAAACAAAUUUUUAUUAAUUCUAA